AUGUCGAUAGCUCCCAUCAUCACCUUCAAAGCAGGUAUUUGCGAUCUCGAUAGCUCUACCUCGCCCCCUAGCGUGAAGCCCAAAUCUACCCCGGGCUACAUCUAUCUCUACUCCGAAGAUGACUUGAUGCACUUUUGCUGGCGCUCCCGCAGCGCUCCCAUUGACGAGCCCGAACUCGAUUUGAUGAUGAUCCCGCAAGACGGAAGCUUCACUCCCUACAAGCCCUCUGGCAAAUCUACCAAUGGUCGCAUCUUCACUCUGAAGUUCUCGUCUAGCUCCCAACGUUACCUGUUCUGGAUGCAGUCUCAGUCUCAACACGAGAAUGGUGACCCCAGCUGGUUCAGUCCUCGGGAUCUGAAACUCGGAGAGAUUGUUCAUGUGUUGUUGCAGGGAGAGGAGGUUGAUGUGGAACAUGAGAUCGCCACCCUUCCUCAACGACCCUCUGGCGGCGACGACGACGAGACCAUGGAGGACGUGGAAGGUACCGACCAUGACCUGAGCCAUAACCACGGUGGAAGCAGUGGUGGAGCUGGACCGGAUGCUACGGGUGGCGAUGUUCGGGAAGAGGGCCAAGAGUCGCGAGAAGGCGGCGCCGAUGGUGGACGAGCCGCUAACGCUGGCUCGGAUCCAUCGUCAGUCGUCCAAGAUUUUUUGCGGUCUCUGGGCGGCCAACGCCAGUCCCAGUCUCAGGACCCUGAACGACCAUCUACGACCCUGCAAGAACUUCUGACUCCCCCGACUACGCUUCCUUUUAUUGAGAGUGCCGAUACCACCACCGCCGACCACCUCCUCAGUUUCCUGCCGCCGGCAUUGCUACUGCUGGCCCAGGGCAAUGCCGAGGCUGCGGAGGCGGACACGGACCCCGAUCUGACCCAGGCGGCCCUGUUAUCUCUCGAUCUCCCUCAGAAAAAGGACAUCCUGCGCAAGGUGCUCCGAUCGCCACAGUUUAUGCAAAGUUUGGGUAGUCUCACCGUUGCCCUCCGGGAUGGCGGGCUUCCCAGCAUCAGUGAGGCUCUCCAGGUCCCCGUGGCCAACGGCGGAUUUAUGCGACGAGGCGGCGUACCGCUCGGCGGGGGUGAUGCAGUGGAUGCGUUCCUAGAUGGCGUUCGGCAACAUGUCAAGGGAGACCAGUCGGGCGAGAUGGAGACGGAUUAA